AAGGGAAGCACGAAGCAACAAGAAGACGACGAAGAAGAAGCAGCAGCCAACCAAAUCAAGAUACUUCACCAAGAUGGAGCACGCCAAGGAGAAGAUGAAGGACGGCGCGAGCGCGGCCAAGGCGAAGUCGACCAUCACGAAGGCCAAGGUGGCGGAGAAGGCGGAGGCGGCCACGGCGAGGUCGCACGACGAGCGGGAGCUGGCGCACGAGCGCGGCGCCGCCAAGGUGGCCGCCGCCGAGGCGCAGCUGCACCAGGACAAGGCCGCGCACCGCGAGGACGCCAUGUCGCACCACAUCCACAAGCACGGCCAUAGCCACUGAUAUGAUGCGCGGGCUGACAGGCGGUGCCGUCGGUGGCCAUUGAUAUACACGCGGCGCUUGCCUGCACGUGCGUAUGUCGUGUGUGAUCUGACUUGCCAGUCAUGCAUCCAUGAGAUGUGAUUUUCCCUGUUCUUUUCACUGCCGUGCGUGCUACGUGCGCGUGACGUUCGUGUUUGUGUUGUGUCAGAUUUCGCACGUACGUACGUCGGGCUUAAUUAUCUCGGAGAUUAUAAGACAAGAGCUAGCUGCUUGCUCGGAUG